AAUUCUGUUAGCCGUUAGCCGUAAGCAACACGCCAUGGAUAUACAAGGGAAACGGCUGAUAUUUGGUCUGUGCGUAUUUGUGGGCAUCUGGAAUUGGCAGAUCGGUGAAGUUAACUCUUCCGGCUGCCAUUAUUUCAGCACAGAACAGCGGGACUGGUUUGAAGCCCUGUUUGCCUGCCAACAAAUGCAUAUGUGCUUGGCUGACUUGCACACCAGAGUUAUCUUCGAUGAACUCGAAAAUAAACUGCAGGAACGCGCAGAGUUUUGGUUCGGUCUAAAUGUGUAUGAGAAACUCGACUUUAAAUACAUAUCCAAUGACAGACCCAAGGAAUACGUGCCGCCACAAUCGGAGAUGUCAUUCAAUAAAGCGUGCGCGUUCCUAAAACCUCUAGGAACUGACGCCAUAAUCAUUGGCACAGACAAUUGUGGACUGCGCAAACGAUUUGUGUGCACCCCUUCCAAACACUGCAAUGGCCAUAAGACGAACAGCACUGUUUCCACCGACUAUCCCCAUACAAUGCCCUGCAUCAUGAGCGCCGAAAUAUCUCAUAUACUUGGUAUUUAAAAACCAUGAACUUUUUGUACAGCUGCUAGUAUUUUAAUAAAUUACUCUGGCUGAACUUUGAA